CCAAACAAAUAAUAUAAGCUCCUUUUUCGUACCACACAAUGGGAACAAAAGCAAUGAUAAGAGAAGAAGCCCAUCACCUUCCUUUGCUUUUAAAUUAUUCAUAAUUGAUGAAAACCAAAAAAAAAAAAAAUUAUCACAUUUUUAUUUUCUUUAAUUUGAAGAUAUAUUAGAGACAUAAUAUCAAGAUUUUAUAUUAUUAAUCGUAUAAAUUUGUGUUAGCUUUAAGAUUUUUAGUAUAAGUUUAUUAUUUAUUAAUUAUGUGGUUUGUCUGUAUGUUUAACCAACAUAAAAGAAUCUGUUUUCAUUUUUUUGGAAUGCGAAAUAAGAGAAUCAAUCUCAGUUCCGUUCAAGUUCGAAUCUUUGAACGACAUGCCGUUCAUAUAAAAGGAACUAUAGUAUACAAAUAAAUGCCUCCUUUAAUAGAUUUUCUUAUAUUCCUUCUUUGUUUUGUAAUAUAUGGAGAAUAUUUACUCUGUAGUAUUCUCCGUGAAGCAAUUUUACAAAUAUUCGAAUUCUAUUUUUUCCUUUUUUUUGAACGUCUGAUGAUCAUUCGUGCACAAGAAUCUCAUCAGGGCAUGAUAGGUUCGAAAAUUUUGAUUUGCUCAGUAUACGAUAUUUCUUUGAUUAUUCUUCCUUCGAUUGUUUUCAAGUGUAUUUUCUAAUUACUAUUUUUUUCAAGCAACGGGCAACAAACAGAAACUAUUUCUGGUGCAAAAUAUAGUAGAAUGCAAUUCAUAAUAAUCAUGAAAGAUGGAUUUUUUAAAGUGAAUUUGAGAAGAAUGUAAGAAAUAAGAGAUUAAUAAAAAGGUACGGAGAAGAUAACGGGAAAAGCAAUAAAAUGCAUAACUUUUGCAGUCAUAACCAAAAAAGGAGAAAGAAGAUAAUGAAAAUGAAGAUCGGUGUCUUCGUGAUGAAUUAAAGUAGAAC